CAAGUAGAUUCUCUUUCUGCCACAUACUAUUCACCCUGGACAUUUGUUACCAAUAUCAUCCGCCAAUUCUCUAUGCGCACUCACAUUCACAUUCAGUCAUGAUCAUUCCUUUCAAAGCAUCCGCGGGGAAUUACAAUUACCUUUAUGAACAACAAUCCAACAAACUCCUCGACACAGCCCCAAACCCCAACCCACCACCCUGUACUUGUACAAAAUCUGUUUGGACAUUAACAUCUUCAACACCCCCCAGAGACGAUACAAUGCCCGGCCUCGAGUCGAGCAGAUACGCAAAUGCAUCGGGCUUCGAGUACACACCCCGACCGGGCGAUUGGAAUUGUCCAUCCUGCAAAUUCUCCAACUUUGCCAGUCGAACAUCUUGUUUGCGAUGCUGCGCCGGAAACCCUCCUCCUCUCCCAAGUCAAAAGGGCAAUCUCCCCACCAUAGGACAAGAGAACCGGUAUCCGUGGGCGGGAAACGGAAAUGGUGCGGAGGCUGAAGCUGCGCGGUAUCAAAGAGCACAUACUGUCUCAUAUCCUACCCGGACGGAACCUGUACAAUGCGCGACGCCCCCAGAAUCUGCGGAUGAGGUGGGAAUGACGAGCUAUGUGGGAGAUGAGCUGGGUGAGGAGAUACAUAUGUAUAGUGGACUAUCUACGAGUCGGUGGGCACCGCGGAAUCACAAGUUUAGGGGACAGAAUGGAGGACAGGUUUGGACGAAGGUACGUUUUUCAAGAAACCACUAUACACUAUUCCUUGUAUAUCUAAGUACUAACAUCUUCCAGACAACCCAGCUCCCCUCCCCUUUACAAACCACAAGCCACGAUUAUGCCCCUCCAGCCAACCCCGACCUCGGACUCCCCUACGAAGUCCAGCACUACAUCCUAACCAUGACCCAACGCCUCCUCGAAGAAGGCUGCUAUGCCUUCGCAACCCGCUGGACUCUCGAGGUCCUCCAAACCCACAACCUCGCCUGCUCGGAGGCAGUAGAGCUUUCCGAAUGGCGCAAACUCCUCUACCACCACGCCCCUGCUCGCGCUCUCCACCCGCUCUCACAUACCACGCUCGAAAAGGCACUAGCAAACGCGGUGCGGAUACGGAAUAAAGCUGUGCAUCGCCAUCUGUGUGAUAAUGGGGAGUUGAGGCGCAUGGCUGCGCAGGCGGGGGAAUUGAUGGGUAUCCUGGGCGAUGAGGGGAGGAGGGGGAAGUUUGUGGACUUGGUGGAGGGGAUUUGCGAGUGGGAUAGAGAUACGAUUAGAGGGGUGGGGGAUGAGGAGAGGAAGGUAAGGUUGGAAAAUGUGUUGAGGGGGGUAGGGGAGAGGGACGUAGGGGGUAUGGAUUGGACGCCUAAUGAGGUUUCUUUAGAGGAGGUCAAUGAGGUGGUGGUGAGGGGGGGAAGUGAUCAUAUGGACAUUGAUUAGUUCCUUUCCUUGNAGGGGGUAUGGAUUGGACGCCUAAUGAGGUUUCUUUAGAGGAGGUCAAUGAGGUGGUGGUGAGGGGGGGAAGUGAUCAUAUGGACAUUGAUUAG